CAAUAAUUAAACCCUAAACAAUUGGAUCGUGUUGAUCUUGCAUUUCAAUCUUUUUAACAUGCAGGGCCACGGAAGGUGUUUCAAACUCUUUCUUGCAUUUGCACUGCUUUUGCUACAGUACGCCCAAGGAGGAGAGGUGGACCACAGUCAGAGGGAUACUAGCGUGACCGGGAGGUGCAUAGAGAAGGAAAGGCAAGCACUCCUUGCAUUGAAGCGUGGCCUGGUGGAUGAGGACAAUCUCCUCUCUUCAUGGAGUUCAGAAGCCCAAAUACCAGAUUGUUGCAAAUGGAUAGGACUCUAUUGCAACAACCAAACAGAUCAUGUUAUUGGACUUGAUCUUUCAUACAAAGUUAUCGGCGAAGAUUAUUAUUUGCAAGUUAAUGUCACUUGUGCAAGAAAAACCUCCAUGGCAAAGACAUAUUCAUGUACAGAGAGGAGAGUGCGUUUUGUAGCACAGAAUGCAGAGCAACGAAGAUGAUGAUGGAUGAGAGCAAAGAACGGUGCAGAUCAGAAGCUUUAAGAUCCGUGGAAGUUUCAGGGUCAUCUUGUUCAAGAUAUCAGAUCUUCUCAACUGGGAUUCUUGUGAUUUAGCACUGUCAGUACAUAGGCGGCUUUACACUAAAUACAUUUAUU